AUGCUUUACGCUAGCUGGCUUUUUGCUCGCAAACACGCUCUGCUCUUCGCAGAGAGUUUAAAGAGACCAUUCAAUGUUGAUAUUUGUGAUGAAAUAUUUUGUGAAUACGUCAGAAAAUGUGGAUUUGUGCUUGAAGACAUUGACGCAAUUGAAAAGGCCAGCACGAAUGGUGAAGUAAUAAAUGAUUUCGACAAAAGACAGCAAAGAAGCGCCAACGAAAAGACCAGUUGA